AUGUCUUCUAGUAGAGGUACCCCAACAGGAAGAAACGGUGGAACUGGAUCCACUGGUUCUACUAAUGCUUCUCCAUUUAUCAAACAUGAUAGAAACAGAAGAAACUUUUUAAGAGCAAAGCUAUCGAAUAAAGAUGUUAGUAAUGGAAGCAUUGUUAAGAAAGAAGACCCAGACUUACAAGAAAAGAGAGACCAUGACUUAUUAAAAGGUGUCGAGAAUAGAACCAAUAAAAUAAAUAUCAAAGUUAAAGGUGAAGACAACGAAGUAUACAACGAAUUUCCAUUAAGAGCAAUUUCAAAAGAAAAUUUAGAAAAUAUGAGAACCCAUUUAUUGAAGUUUCAAAGUAAAAAAGUGAUUAAACCAUUAAAUGAUUUUCAUUUGCCAAUUAGAUUGCAUAGAAAAGAUACAAGGAAUUUACAAUUUCAAUUGACAAGAGCAGAAAUUGUUCAAAGACAAAAAGAAAUCAUGGAAUACAAAAAGACACAGCAAGCCGGUGGCAAUACCAAUGCAAACCAAAACUUUAAUGCAAAGUCAUAUUCAACUAAAAAUAAACACGGUAGUGGAGUUCAAGAUUCUGUUGCAAACAAAAGUAACAAUACGAAGACUUAUGAUGCAUCUACUCCUGUAGCAGAUUCAACUAUUAAAACUGAACCACAGACAACCACUAAUUUGGCAGAUGAUGUAAAACCAUUGAUUGAAAAUUCAGAUGUUAAACAAGAACCAACAACUGAAUUGAACAAUCUUCAAAAUGACGCUCAAGGCAAAGUACAAGAUUCGACACCAACUUCAGUAGACAUUAACGGCAGUACUACCAAGAUGAUUACUAAAUUGGAAGAAGCUGGUAUUGCAGAAGAUCCAACGAAAGUAGGAAUGGUGAGAUAUGACGGUGAAGAGAGAGUACAAGAAAAAGAUCAAUUCGAAGAAGGUACCGUCGAUCCAUUAGCUGAUAUUGCCCCAGAUGGUGGUGGCCGUGCCAAGAGAGGUAAUUUGAGAAGAAAAACAAGACAAAUUAAGGUUUUAGACGAAAAUGCUAAGAAGUUAAGAUUUGAAGAAUUUUACCCUUGGGUCAUGGAAGAUUUCGACGGUUACAAUACAUGGGUAGGUUCUUAUGAGGCUGGUAACUCUGAUUCAUAUGUUUUAUUAAGUGUUGAAGAUGAUGGUAGUUUUACCAUGAUCCCAGCUGAUAAAGUUUACAAAUUUACUGCAAGAAAUAAAUAUGCUACUUUAACAAUUGAAGAAGCUGAGAAGAGAAUGGAUAAAAAAAGUGGUGAAGUUCCACGUUGGUUAAUGAAGCAUUUGGAUAAUAUUGGUACAACAACAACAAGAUACGAUAGAACAAAGAGAAGACUGAAAGCAGUUGCCGAUCAACGUAGAAGUAUUGAAGGAAGUGAAAGUGAACACGACGACAAUUCUGAAGUUGAAUUAGAUUAUGAUGAAGAAUUUGCUGAUGAUGAAGAAGCUCCAAUUAUUGACGGUAAUGAGCAAGAGAAUAAAGAAUCUGAAAAAAGAAUAAAAAAAGAAAUGUUACAAGCCAAUGCAAUGGGCCUACGUGAUACCGAAGAAGUCCCAGAUGAAUUAAACAAAGAGGAUGAUUUGUUUACAGAAAAGAAAAUGGAUGAAGAAGGUGAAAGAAUGAAAAAAGCAUUACAAAAGACAGAACUGGCCGCAUUGUACUCAGAUGAUGAUGGUGAGAUUAAUCCUUAUUUGUCCGAAUCAGACAUAGAGAAACAAGAUAAGGAAAAUGAAAAAGAUAAAGAAAAGGAAAAUGAAAAGGGAAGUAAUGAAGGAUCACCUGUUAAGAAGGAAAAUAGUGAAGAAAGUAAGAUUUCAAAGAGAGCAUCUCCUAAAAAGAGUAGAAAGACAAAUAAGGAGUCUAAUGAACCACAAAUUAUAAUCAAGAGUAUCAAAGAUUGUGUCAUUGUCUUAAAAGCUAACAAGAAAGUAUUAGAAAAUUUUGCCCCAGGUGAAUGGAAUCCUGAAGUCUCAAAGCGUAAGAGAGAAGAGAUGGAAUUAAACAGAGAUGCUGUUGACAGUAAUGGAAAUCUUGAAAAUGAUGAAUCUGAAUUACCAGCUGCUAAAAAAAUCAAGACAGAAGAUUCAAGUGAUGUACCAAUUAUUACUGAACAAGAUAUAAUGGAUGCUAUUGGUGAUGGUAAGGUAAAUGUCAAGGACUUUGGUAAAUCUAUUAGAAAGAAAUAUCCAGGUUCUGCUAACAAAAAGUUGAUGUUUGCUAUCGUAAAAAAAUUGUGCAGAAAAGUGGAUAAUGAACAUAUGGAAUUAAAAAAUAAGCCAGCUGGAAAUUAA